AAGUCCUCAACUGGAGACAAGCAUCUCACCUCACCUGAUAUGAACAGCUUCAAGAAGGUAUCAUUAUCAUUGGUAUCAAGUCAAGCAUCAACAGUUUUCUCGGUAUUUUCCUUUCAAGUUGACUACCUAUUCUGAAUUUUGAUAAAAAUGAAGGAAGAUAGUGAUAAUUUCGAAUUGUCAGAUGAAGAAAUAGACGACAGGAAACAUGAAAAAUUAUUGACAGAUGUUCUCAAUCUGAAUAAAAGACAGAAUCUUAAGAAGCCAUCUCGUACAGAGCCAAGGGCUCAAAUUUCAGAAUUUACAUUAGCAAAGUCUCUAGGUGAAACUAAAGACUUAGUUCAUAUAAAUGAUCUCACCAGACUAUUGAGUAGUCGAAAAAAAUAUGUAGAAGUAUCCAGAAAAGUGAAGUCAACAAAUUCCAAAAGUAAAACUUUACCAAAACCACUAGACAAACAUCAGGUGGAACGUAUCAAGAGAGCUGUCAAUUAUGAGAAAUCCAGAUUACAACUAGAUAGGUGGGAAGCACUUGUGACUUCUAACAGAGCUGCAACAAAUGUGUCUUUUCCCUUAGACAGCAUUGAGAAGGUAAACAUUGAGGAAAAGAAAGCUGAGAUUUACCCUUCAACUUGGAGAAUCAAAUCUGAUUUACAAAAAGAAUUAGAAAAACUUGAACCAAAAGUUGAAGAGUAUCAUAUAAAGGAUGAUGAAAAACAUCAAUACCCUCUGACAUUGGAAGAACUAAAAGAGAGAAGAAAAGAGUCAGCCAAGUUGAGAGCCCAUCAGAGUUAUAAAGAAGCUAAAGCAAGGCGUCAAAAUAAAAUCAAGAGUAAAAAAUACCACAGAAUCCAGAGGAGAGAAAAAAUCAAAGAAUCACUCAAGCAAUUUGAGCAACUGCAAAAAACAAACCCAGAAGAAGCUUUGAAAAAAUUGGAGGACAUUGAAAAAGCUAGAGCUGAAGAAAGGUUCAGUUUGAGACACAAGGGAACUGGACAAUGGGCUAAAAAUAAGCAAGUGCGAGCUAAAUAUGAUAAAGAGAGUCGACAAGUUUUGGCGCAACAACUAGCUAUCAGCAGGGAUUUAACGCAAAAAAUUAAAGCUGUUGAUAGUGAAUCAGAGGAAGAAGCUGUUGAAUCUGAAGAAAAAGAUAGAACUAAGAGUGAUGGAACUAAUCCAUGGGUUACUGGAAUAAAACCAGAUAAAGAUGUAAUUGAUUUUGUGAGUGGUUAUCGAAAAUAUUGGAAUGACAAAAAUAAAGAAGGGAACAAUGAAAAUUCUGUUGUCAAUGUUCAGGAAGCUGAUGAAAAGAAAAUUGCGAAAGAGAAUAAUGUAAAGGCAUCAUCUAAGAAUUCUAAGAGGGUGAAAAUUCCAAAUGAGUCAGAAAAAGUCUGUCCAAACCAUAUAACCACUAUUGAACAAAACAACUCUUUCAGCACUUCAGAAUGGGAGGUCAGCUUUCAGAAUGAUGGUGGUAGUGAUAUUGAAGAUGUGUUCGAGAAGCUGGAAGAAACACUCGACAAGAAAUUGAAAAAGAAAUUCAGUGCAAUUGAAGGAAAAAGCAAAGGAAAAGCUAAAAAAAAGAAGAAACAAAAAUCUAAACAGAAAACGAUCAGUAAUCAGCCGUCAAAUCAAAAGAUUGAUUUAUCCAUGCCUUCAAAGAGAAAGAAGCCAAUGGUAGAUGAAGAAAUGAUGGAACAACCACACAAUCUUGAAAGUGAAAAUGGAGAUGCAAGAAGUCCAGACCUGAUUGCUCUUAAAAAUUUGUUGGAAACAAAAGAAAAAGACCAGGAAGUCCCAAACAUUAAUCCAAAUCAGUUCAUUCAGCCCAAGAAGACCAAUCUCAGUACUGCAAUCCCAGAUAUCCUAACCAAUGAAGAUGAUGAAGAAGAAACUGAUCAGAGGGACAUUAUACUGGAAGCUUUUGAGGACGAUGAUAUUGCUGUGGACUUUGAGAAAGAAAAAGCCAAUGAAAUUGAAAAAGACACUCCCAAAGAUAUUGAUUUGAAUCUUCCCGGUUGGGGUAGUUGGGCAGGAGGUAACAUAGAUCAUACCAAGCGCAAAAGAAAACGAUUCAUAAUUAAGAUGCCCUCACAAAUGCCCAGGAAAGAUGACAAUAAGGGAUCGCUGAUCAUAAAUGAAAAGGCACAAGCCAAAAUUAAGCCUUUAUUGGUGUCGGAAGUUCCUUUUCCAUUCAAGAGCGUGAAGGACUAUGAAGCUAGCAUUAGGGCGCCUAUUGGUAAUACAUUCGUGCCGGAGACUGCUUUCAAAAGGCUCAUCGAACCGGCGGUUACAACAAAAAUGGGUGCUAUUAUUGAACCUAUAAGUAAGGGUAUUUUGGUGGGUACUAAGAAAUUUUAAGAACCUAUGAAGUUAAUGUUGCCGUUUGUUAUUCGGCUUCAAAUUGAACUAUGU